AUGCUGUAUACAUUUGAAAUCUUAUCUCUGUUGGCCAUUCUGCUUGUUGUCUAUGGCGCAGCAACGGUCAUCUACAACCUUUUCUUCCAUCCACUGCGUCGAUAUCCAGGGCCAAAAUUAUGGGCAGCCUCGCCACUGCCCUUAUUUUUCAGCGUUCUCCAAGGCAAGUCCUACGUCAACAUCUUGGAGUUGCACAAGCGAUAUGGCGAUGUCGUCCGGAUCGACCCAAAUAAGUUAGCUUUCGCACACAAUGAUGCCUGGAAAGAAAUCUACGGGCAUCUAAAGCGCGACCAAGAAGAGAAUGGAAAGGACCCCAAGUAUGUGAACAGCGAUGUUGACUCGAGCCUCAUCGCUGCCUCUCGCGAGAGGCACGGACAAAUGCGCCGCGUCUUGUCGCAUGCUUUCUCGGCGCGAGCAAUGGCUGAUCAGCAGCCACUGAUUAACAAGUACAUUGAUCUUGCCAUAGAAAGAUUCCGUCAGCAUGGAGAGGGCGGACUGAAGCCAAUAGACGCCUCCAAGUGGUUUGAGUGGACAACUUUCGAUAUCAUUGGGGACCUGGCCUUUGGCGAACCUUUUGGAUGCCUCCAAAACUCUUCCUCUCAUCCAUGGGUGGAAUGUUUCUUCGAUUCACUGAGGUGUUUACAAACCAUGCAAAUUAUGACCGACUUGCCCUUCUUCAGCCUCCUAAAGCCCCUCUAUUUCAUGCUUUUUGUACCCAAGGACACAUUCAGAAAGUUUCAGGACACGCGGAUGUUUGCUGAAGAAAGCUUGAAAAAGAGACUCGGUCUCGGCGCUGAGCGACCAGAUUUCGUGGAUGCUAUGAUAAGAGGCAUCAAAGACCAUUCAUUGUCUCGGCUCGAAAUGAAGGACAAUAGUGUUCUUCUCACGACAGCUGGCUCCGAGACCACCGCAACAACGCUUGCUGCAACGACUUAUUAUCUCUGUAACCAUCCCAAGGUCCUUGCCAAGCUGAACGCAGAAGUCCGCUCGUCUUUCCAGAGCGAGAGCGACAUCAAUGUGAACAGCGUCCAAAGUCUACCAUACAUGCUUGCUGUGCUUAAGGAGUCCAUGAGAAUAUACCCUCCCGUGGCCGUGGCGUUGCAGCGCCAGACGCCACCUGGCGGAGCAGAAAUAGCCGGGGAAUACGUACCCGGAGGGACGUCUCUGGGUAUCUGGCAAUAUGCGGUAUAUCAUAAUCCCGCUAAAUUUCAGCAUCCCGACUCCUUCAUCCCGGAGCGCUGGCUGGACGAUGAACGCUUUGAAAAUGAUCAAAAGCAACUACAUCAGCCGUUUUCUUACGGUCCGCGCAACUGCUUAGGCAUGAAUCUUGCCUACGCCGAGAUGCGACUUAUCCUCGCCCGUAUCAUCUGGAACUUUGACCUGCAGCUGGCACCGGAGAGCCUUGGCUGGGGGGUGAACCAGAAGGUCUUCUUUUUCUGGGAUAAGCCUCCUCUCUGGGUACAUUUCAAGGCAAGACAGAUGUGA